AUGGCACCUUGGGGAAAAUUAGCUCACGACGCCGGCAUCUGGAGCGCGGCAUGGUCCUCCAAGAACGCCCUUGUGACUGGUUCGCUUGAUAACACCGUCAAAGUCUGGAACGCAGAGAACGGAGAGCUGAAGGGAACGUUGACGGGUCACCAGCUUGGCGUCAACUCUGUCGAUACCAACGCCGAAGGAACAUUGGCGGUGUCGACUUCAUUGGACAGCCAAAUUAGAAUCUGGGACUUGGAGCAGCUCAAGCAACACAAGAUCAUUGACGCUGGAGCAGUUCAAGCAUGGACGGCAAAGUUCUCACCUGACUCGAAGCACAUUGCCACUGGAACGGCUUCCGGAGAUAUCAACCAGUACAGCGUGGAAAGCGGCGAGAAAGUGCAGACAUUCGAGGGCCGUGGCAAAUUUGCGAUGAGCGUCGCUUAUAGUCCUAACGGAGAAUACGUUGCGUGCGGAACUGAGGCAUCGUCUGAUUCGUCCACCGUUCUCUUGUUUGACGUUGCCACCGGCAAGCUCCGCCACACCUUCAAGGGCCACGCCAUGACUGUUCGCUCACUCGCCUUCUCGGCUGACUCGACGAAGCUGGUGACAGGAUCGGACGACAAGAGGAUCAUGAUUCACGAUGCUGUACAUGGAGAUACAAUCCGCACACUCUCUGGACACUCUGCAUGGGUCCUGAGUGUUGCUGUCAGCAGCGACGGUGUUCAUAUUUCCAGUGGAUCGAGUGACAACAAGGUCAAGCUGUGGGAUUUGGUCGCUGACCAGUGCAUUGACACCAUGGACGGACACAGCGAUCAGGUCUGGGGACUUGCUUGGAACAAGCAGGGUAACAGGUUUGUGUCGGUAUCGGAGGACAAAUCGAUCAAGUUCUACUCGACGACUUCUGCAUGA